AUGGACUACAUACCUCAGAGUUACGGCAUGGUAGAAACACUCGCCUAUCUUCAUUCCGGCUCACCAUACGACUUAGCGAGGCUAUUCGACGAACGUGACCGCGUAGAAAAUCAAAUGCGUCGACGUCCCAAGACGAAAGGCACAGAGGAAGUACAGCUCGUAAUCCGGGAACCAACUAUCCGCUCGGUCAAGCAACUUUAUCGGAUCUGCAAGCAAGCCGAAAUCGUAGCCAAAUAUGGUCUUCCCGAAAUAAUCGCGUACAAUUUCAGUAGGUCUACCUGUUGGAAUAGGCUUAACAUUUCAGGAUUACCUUCGCUGCAGCUCAGAAAGCCGAAAGAAACGGCGAGAAGGCCUAGUGGCCUCCUCGGUACCUCUAUCGUCGAGCCCGAUUUCGACAUGUCAACGUUUUCGUUUGGUACCGAUCGACCGUCAUCGCCUGUCAGUGAAGCUGGGGGCUGGAGGGACUUGCCGUAUACAUAUGGGGACUUGGAGAUGGCCCCCCCUGACCCCCCGGUGACGCCAGAUCUCUACACGAUUGAGGAAGAUGAAUGGGAAGUGAGCCGGGCAACAUCCCUUACGAUGACGAAGAUACCUAUUUGGCAGGUACGUAUGGUACAUAUACCUCCUCGAAUUAACCUUCACAUUGCCGAUAAGUAG